AUGCAGCGCAAGCAAGUAGACGAGCGCAUUGGCGCUCUCAUUCGAAAUGGCCUGCAGGAGAAGAAGAGAAGCUUUUUCGUCGUGGUAGGAGACCAGGCCAAGGAUGUCAUUGUCCGACUUCAUUAUAUCAUGUCCAUGGUAGACAUCAAGCAGAACAAGUCUGUCCUGUGGGCAUACAAGAAGAAGCUACUGGGAUUUACAAGUCACCGAAAGAAGCGAGAAGACAAAAUCAAAAAGGAAAUCAGACGCGGAAUCCGAGAAGCAAACUCUGAGGAUCCAUUCGAACUGUUUGUCUCUCUGCACAACAUCCGCUACACCUACUACAAGGAGACCGACAAGAUCCUGGGUAACACAUAUGGCAUGUGUAUUCUGCAGGAUUUCGAAGCCGUUACGCCCAACAUUUUGGCCCGGACGAUCGAGACUGUUGAGGGUGGUGGUUUAGUUAUUAUGCUGCUCAAGGGAAUGAACAGUUUGCGGCAGCUCUACAACUUGUCCAUGGAUGCCCACUCAAAAUACCGGACGGAGGCGCACGAUGACGUUGUGGCCAGGUUCAAUGAACGUUUCCUGUUGUCUUUGGGAGGCUGUGAUUCUUGCCUGGUCAUUGACGACGAGUUGAAUGUUCUUCCCAUUUCGGGCGGCAAGAAUGUCAGAGCUCUACCGCCUCCGGAAGCCGAUCAGCCCAAGUCUCCGCAGGCGUUAGAGCUGGAGUCCAUCAAAGACGAUAACCAGGAACGCCAGCCGGUUGGAUCAUUGAUUAAUCUCGCAAGAACAGUCGAUCAAGCAAAGGCUCUGCUGACUUUCACGGACGCCAUUGCUGAGAAGACGCUGCGAAGCACUGUUGCGUUGACAGCUGCCAGAGGACGAGGAAAGUCGGCCGCCAUGGGAGUUGCCGUGGCCGCUGCGGUGGCAUACGGAUACAGCAACAUCUUUAUUACAUCGCCGUCUCCUGAAAACUUGAAAACGCUUUUCGAAUUUGUCUUCAAGGGCUUUGACGCUCUCGGUUAUGCUGACCAUGCGGAUUACUCCAUCAUCCAAAGCACGAAUCCCGACUUCAACAAGGCUAUCGUUCGUGUCAACAUCCACCGACAGCACAGGCAGACAAUCCAGUAUAUUCGCCCCCAGGAUGCCCAUGUGCUUGGACAGGCCGAAUUGGUGGUCAUUGAUGAGGCGGCUGCUAUUCCUUUGCCCCUCGUUCGAAAGCUCAUGGGGCCGUAUCUGGUCUUCAUGGCCUCUACGAUCAAUGGAUACGAGGGUACCGGCCGAUCGCUGUCCCUGAAGCUUAUCAAACAGCUGCGCGAGCAAUCUCGACGGGCCGCAACGGACGAUGAGACUCAGGUUACCGACCGAUCCACCGGAAGGGCUUCAAAAUCAGAGGAAUUCCAAGCCAGUCGAAAACUACGCGAAAUUACCCUUGCAGAGCCUAUUCGAUAUGCUCAAGGCGACUCGGUCGAAAAGUGGCUAAAUAAGCUUCUUUGCCUGGACGCAACUUUGCCCAAGGCAGGAUCCAGUGGUUCACCAGACCCGUCUCUAUGCGAGCUCCUCAUGGUCAACCGCGACACACUAUUCUCAUUCCAUCCUAUCCCUGAGGCUUUCCUCCAACAGAUGGUCGCGCUUUAUGUUGCCAGCCACUACAAAAACUCACCUGAUGACCUGCAGCUGAUGAGUGAUGCACCUGCACAUCAACUAUUCGUUCUCACAGCUCCGACAUCAGAGAGCAGCGGCAGACUUCCCGAACCUCUUUGCGUUAUCCAAGUGGCUCUAGAAGGAAAGAUUAGCAGACAGAGCGUGAUUAACAGCCUGAGCCGAGGAGAGAGACCUCAUGGUGAUUUGAUUCCCUGGCUUGUCAGCCAGCAAUUCCAGGAUGAAGAAUUCGCCUCGCUAUCUGGCGCCCGUGUGGUCCGCAUUGCGACCAAUCCAAACCACAUGGGCAUGGGAUAUGGAAAGCGAGCGAUGCAGCUUCUCGUGGACUAUUAUGAAGGCCGAUUUGCAAAUCUGUCCGAGGAUGAUGACCAGGUCCUGGAGAAUGGCACUGGCCGAGCUACGGACGCUGAGCUGGCCAAGGAGUCUCUGUUGGAAGAGAAAAUCACCGUCCGAGAUGAUAAGCACAUGGCUCCUCUCUUUUCCAAGCUAUGGGAGAAGAAGCCAGAGCGACUGGACUACAUUGGUGUCAGCUAUGGCUUGACCAAGGAGCUACACAAAUUCUGGAAGUACUCUUCCUUCUCGCCCGUCUACCUGCGACAAACUGCCAAUGACCUGACCGGCGAGCAUACCUGCGUCAUGCUUAGGCCACUUGACGGUAGCGGCGAUAAGACAUGGCUCGGUGCAUUCUCCAGAGAUUUCCAGAAGAGAUUUCUCUCUCUGCUAUCCUACGAGUUUAGGAACUUUGCCGCUUCUGUUGCGCUGAGCAUUGACCAAUCGGCCAAUACUGGUGCACAGCUUGAUGCCACUCCUCAGACUUCCUUGACCAAGGCUGAGCUGGAUGCCCUCAUGUCACCCUUUGAUCUGAAGCGACUGACAUCCUAUGCGAAUAGCAUGCUGGAUUACCACGUCAUCUUGGAUCUUAUGCCUACCAUUGCGAAACUCUACUUCACUGGCAAACUAAAAUCCGAUGUCUCAAUGUCGGGCAUCCAGCAGGCUAUUCUCCUUGCCAUCGGAUUGCAGCGUAAGAGCGUGGAUGAGAUUGCCCAAGAGCUCCCCAUGCCAUCGUCGCAACUUCUUGCCAUGUUCAUCAAGAUUAUUCGCAAGUUUACGGCACACUUCAACUCUUUGGUCACGGCAGCAGCUGAUGCCGAGCUUCCAAGGGGCGAGAACAUUGGUGUCAGCCGAGAGAAUGCCAGCGGCGCCCACGAUGACGAAAUCGUGGAUGAUCGGUUCGUUGCUCUUGAAACAUCUCUCGAAGAUGAACUCGAGGAGGGUGGUGACGAAGCCCUGAUGGCCCUAAGACAGAAGCAGAGAGAGAUGAUUGACUCUCUGCCUCUGGAUCAAUAUGAGAUCGAUGGUGAUGCACCAGCCUGGGAAGAUGCCGAAAAGCAAGUGAGCAGCGCCGCGAAGGACGGCAAGGCCAACGUCGUGGUCAGCGUCAAGUCGGCCAAGCAGAAGAGAAAGGCCGGCCAGACGGCGACGGAAAUUUACGACCAAGAGUUUGGCGACAAUUCUCGGAAAAAGUCUAAGAAGGGGAAGAAAGGUAAAUGA